AUGGCUAAACGCACCAAGAAGGUGGGGAUCGUGGGUAAGUAUGGGACACAUUGCGGCGCCUCCCCCUGGAUGAUGGUGGAGAAGAUCAGCCAGCACAACAAGUACAUGUGCUCCUUCUUCGGCAAGACCAAGAUGAAGAGACGGGCCGUAGGCAUUUGGCACUGUGGUUCCUGCAUGAAAACCGUCGCUGAGGGCGCCUGGACCUACAAUACCACUUCUGCUGUCACAGUCAAAUCUGCCAUCAGAAGACUGAAGGAACUGAAAGACCAGUAGAUCUGCCAUC